AUGUCCGGCUCGAUGGAUAUGUCAUACUGGGACAUAUGUACUCAACAGCGUCGGAAUGUCUAUACACCAGUCUCUGAAGUGGCUGGGGAAGCUACUUCAGAUCAAUCUACCCAGGGCGGCUCCGAGGUGCUAAAUCAACCACAGCCUAGCGCCCAGCCUAUCCCGCAAACCCCAGCCAGUAGUGUCGAGAGUAGCGAGAGACAACUCUAUCAGCAUCGCCACCCGAUGGCGUCAGUGUCAGUCGACUACGUGGUCAGCUUUCUUUCGUUUUGCGAGACACCGUUGCUCGGCGUGGAUUACCUGCAGCGGAGCACUGUGCUCAUGAUUCUCGGGCGGAAAGGAGUCAUCUUGGCAAUUAUCCCCCAAAAUCCACUCACUUCCCGUCUCCAUAAAGCGCUGGAGGGAGUCGGCGACGUCUAUGGCAGGAAUGUCUCCUGUUUUGCGCAGGCAAAGACGAUGGGCUGGUUGCUCAGCCCAGCAUACGAGGCUCGUCCUGACUGGCACCGCGAUUUCAAACUGGCGAUGAUAAGGCGGGAGCUGGGUUUCCACCUAAAGAGGAAGUUUUAUGACUACCAGCCACUCCAUAUGUGGGCACUGAGCCAGACGCCGGUCCUGUUACUGGACACGACCCAAGGCGGACUGGUGACCAUCCAGGUUAACGGAGUGGACGUGACGGACGAAUGGACGCAGGAAUGGCCGGACUACAAGGAGUCUCAGCCUGAGGAGCUUGACGGCGAUUGA